UGGCUAGAGAAAGCCUCUGCGCUCUCGAAACUCAAUCAGAGUAGGCGUCGGUGCGCGCGCUCCGCAGCAGAUGAACUGAGAGCACGAGACCAGCCGUGAUGCCCAGCUUGAGCCUGCAGCGGUGUGCGCCGGAGGAGAGCUGACGAGCCGCGGUUUGUCACACUACAAGUCUUCUGAAGGAGGAUGGCAGGGAUGCUGCGCGCCGCAUCUCUCUCUCCGGCUCUGUGAGACAGCGCACGCUGAACCAGAGCGACCCGACCCGACCCGCAUGCGUUUGGUACACUGACAUCAUCUUGUGUCUGCUGGGUGGAGAGGCGGUGACCCGAGGAACAGCCUCUCGUUGCAUCGAGGCCGACAGAAAGUGCCCCGGACGAGCUGUACGGCAGGACCUGUGUGUGUGUGUGUGUAUGUGUGUGUCUACAGCUCAGUGGAAUGAUUUCAGAUCUCCCCAAGGUGCUGAUACUGGGGGCCAUCGCCGCCGCCUCUGCCUUUGUGGUCACCAUCCUUAUCGUCUUGGUGUGUGUGGGGUGUCAGAGAAAAAGCAAGAGCAAGCAUGGCCAAACCAACGGAGGGGCUCAGAGAAAAGAAACCGUUAGCGCAAAAAAAGCUGCUCUGCGUCAGUCCAAGCUGAACUCAAUGAGUAAAUCUGACACCCGCCUGCAUGACAUGCACAGGCUGCCCUGCAACGCCAAUGGCGCCCCCAAGAGCCGGCCGGCCAGCAUGGACCUUCUUCUCCUGCAUACCCGCCGCUCCAAUUCUGACCUCCGUCCCAGCCCAGGCCGCCAGCUGCCUCGUGUUCACAACAAAAAUGAGAAUGAGGAACGUGAGCACACCUACUCUGAAGUCUGCCGCCGCUCCUCUCCCACAUUCCUCCCUCCAGAUGACGGCCUGUACGAGAGUGUUGGGAUCAAAGGGGCGGGGCCUGAUAAAGCUGCCCCACCUGCUGCCCCAGUCUCGUCAUCAAACAACACGCCCACUCAGCGCCAUGCACACAGCCCGGCGCUCGAUGGGAACAGCCGGGGUGGAAGCAGAGGAGUCGUGAACGGCGUGAGUCAAGACGAAGUGACGGCGGAGUACGCCUCCAUACGGAAGGUGAAGAAGCUGGAGCGCGGCAGGAGGGAGGAAGUGCUGGAGGAUGGAGAAAGAGAGCACCAGAGCAUGUCCAGCAGCGAGUCCUCCAGCAGCACCUUGCCUAGGAAAACAGUGGAACCGUUUCACCUACCCAAUUUCCCAAAGGAGGCGGUCUUCAUGGGCAACGGAGAGCAGUACAUUUGGAAACCACCAGAAGAGGACGAGAUGAUGGUGCCAGGGGCUCCUCAGCUGGAGAACGGACACAGCCAUCCCACCGCCGUGGAGAUCUCUGACAUGUACUCUACCGUUUGUAAGACCCUGAAGAGGAAACACCAGCAGGGUCAAAGCCAGGAGGACAGCAGGCCGGUGGCCUCUGGUGCGUCCCAAGCGAUGGAUGGGGGCGAUGCGGGAUGGCCUUCCGCCGGUGCUGCAGGGGAGGAGUCGUGGGGGAGGAGUGCCCCCCAGGAGGAGCCCUGCUACGAGCCUGUAGGCGAAAAGACGUGGCCCCGGGGCCUGGCGCAAGAGUCAGACCCGGCCUACGCCACCAUCGACUCCCACAGGAAACGGGAGAAGCUGGCCAGCAACACGCUGAAGCCUAGAAAGAAACCCGUCCAGGUUCCAGGCAGAGCCAUGACCUGCGAAAACUUUUAUGAGACUAUCGGCGACGUGAAGCAGGGCGCAAACGCAGCGAGCACCACCACUAUUUUUACCUUUAACGACGGCAUGGAAAUGUACGUUACGGGGCUAUAAAAAAGCCUGACUUUAACCAUCAAAUUAAGCACCUACAGAGGGGGGAAAACAAACUGCAGCCUUCUGUCAAAUGAGAAGAUACACACUCUACAGCUGCCAAACACACGCCAACCUACACAACCACACAACCAAUGUAUAUUUAUUCUUACCAUAGGAGUCCACAAUCAGCUGCAACUCAUGCAAACAAAACAACACCGCAUUGGCUGAACCAGACCUGCAGCCGAGCUGUUUUUAGCUGACAGGCAUGGACACCCAAUUCCAGGGAUCUAGACUGGUUUUUCCACCAUGCUACAGUUGGUAAUGAUAGUUUACUGCAGGUUAAAAUCAAUAUGACUUUAAGACUCACUGUAGCACAGGGGAGUUUGCACCUGAUUACAUAAAAGCCAGCCAAACGUCUGGAGUAAUUAAGAUUAAGAUUUUUAAUGUUUUAGUAAGAAAUUUCUCACUUAGACUGUAAUUAUUCGAUCAAAAAUACCAUAGAUUCAGUAAAACGGUUUAAUAUUACUACAAUUUAAAUAUCUGUUUUUUAAAUGGAUAUAUUUUAAUAUGUAAUGUAUUCCUGUGAUGCAAAGCUGAAUUUUCAGCAUGAUUAUUUCAGUCUUCAGUGUCACGUGAUCCUUCUGAAAUAAUGAUCACAGGAACAAAUAUAUCUAAAUAGAAAACAUUAAAAUUUAAAUAAUAUUGUUUGUAGUAAUAUUUCUGUAUUAUUGAUCAGAAAUACAGCCUGUGUGAAAUUAAGAAACUUUCAAGAACAUUAAAAAAAAAUCUUAAUUGUUCCAAGCUUUUGAUGGGCUGUGUAAAAUCACACUGGACACACUGUUGGUCAAUCUCACUGCCGUGUGAGCACUACCUUCACAUUAACACAGGGAUCACAUGAGGCGUUAGGUUUAGCCCCUCCCCUCCUGCUCUGAAAACACACCUGACUGGUUCUCUCAGCUUGAGACGGCUAGCCACCAUCAGUGUUAGUUUAGCUGAAACAACAGAAUACAGAGUUAACUUCUCUUGUUUUCCACCUUAAACAUUAUGUAUGUGGUCUGACAGUUUAGGUGGUGUACAUAAAGUAUGUCUGGUCAUUUUCAGUAUGCAUGUAACUUGCAGUAAGGCCCAAGUGGAAUCUGCAGAAUAGUUUUUUUUUGGCACUGACCCUGGAGAAGAAAAUGGUGCUAAAAUGGGUUUAAUGAAGCUACCUGGUUAUCUUAAUGCAUUAGAUACCA